AAGAUGAAGAGACUGCUGGUUCUUCUGCUGAUCAUCCUGAGGGAAACAGGACCCACCAGCAGCCAGCAACCAACCUGUCACAGCAGCUGUCCCUUAUCAUUCUGUAACUGCCGUGACGUAGGCCUGAACGGUGUUCCUCAGUUCUUGCCUACAAACAUCACAUAUCUUACGUUGUAUGGCAAUGAAAUUACAACCUUACGGGAGUAUGAAUUCUCAAGGUAUAGGAGCCUACUAACAUUACAUCUUGGUUAUAAUCAAAUUUCAUCUAUCAGUAACAAUGCAUUUUACGGUUUGACCAUUCUACGUGACCUAAGGCUUUUUGGCAACCGGCUGACCAGUGUCCUAGCCUACAUGUUUGAAGGACUUGAUAAUCUGGAGAUUCUUAACCUGCAUCACAAUGGCAUGAACAGUAUUGAGGCAGGCACUUUCAAUAGCACCCCAAAGCUCCAAACUCUAGAUCUUAGACACAACAGAAUCAGCACCAUUGCGCCUGACACAUUUGCAAAUCUGCCCCAGUUCAGUAGUCUGGAUUUAUCCAACAACAUGAUCUAUACUUUUCCUGUUGCUCUCUUAUCAAACCUUUCUAUGCUGUCAAACCUUGAUAUGGAAGACAAUGAAAUGGAGACACUACCACCUGAGGCAUAUGGCAUACUGGCCUCCGUCUCAAUAACUAACCUUGGCUCUAACCCCUGGCAGUGUGACUGUAGGAUGCUUCCAUUUAAGCAAAGGAUGACAGGAUCUCACCUUUUUGAAUUCCAGAUCACAUGUGCUGGACCUGCCAGCUUGCAGGGGAAAAGCUUACUACAUGACGUAAAUGCUGAAGAUCUGAUCUGUGAACAGACAACUGUUACAGUUUCUCCCAGUCCAAGCACAUCUUCUCCUGUAGUUCACCCAGGAGCAUCUACAUCUAUCCAAACACCCAGCACUACACUGACUACUCACUCAACAACUGCCCUGUCUACUGUCAGUCCUUCCUCAUCUUCUGAUACUGGGGAGAAGUCAACAUCAACUGUCUCGACAUCUUCCCCAACACCUAGGGCUCACACUACAUCUGGCUUGUCUACAGUCAGUACCUCCCCUUCCUUUGACCAACCAGGAAUGUCAAUCAAACCAUCAUCUACUCAGACUGCUUCCACAACACACCUUGCUGACUCUACACCAGUCUUGUCUACAGUCAGUACUUCCUCGUCUGAUUCUCCAGAAUCACCUCGAUCUCCUACAACCCCAGAAUAUCCAGUACCAGCUGGUACACAUGUUCCGCCCCAACUGACAGAUGGUAAUGCUGGUCCUCCUCUUGUUUUUAUCUCCAUGCCUGUCUAUCUCAGUGGUCUUCUGAGUGCUGCAGUCGUGACUCUCCUCAUCUGUUCCAUCCUCAUUACAGUGAAGUACCUCUGUAAGAGGAGGACCAGGAAAACCCUUUCAGGCCAAGACUCUGACGCUUGCUUCACUAACACAAACCUCCCAGCUCUAGAUGCUGUCACAAGUGAUGGUCAGAUACAGAAGUCAGGACAACGCUACCUGGUUCCAUCCCCGUCUCCCCCCUCUGCCAUGAGUAAGAUCCAGAGAGGACAGGGUAGGAAUACUGUGGCAGCUUUGCAACAAGCAGAAACCCCUCAUAAGGGUAUGAUGAUGCAUAGUUAUCCAUCACAAAGGUCUCAGCCAGGCCAGAGGCAGAAUCUGUACAGGGCUGAGAAAGGUUACCAGGUUCCAUGUCCUUUGCCCCCCUCUGGAAGUGCAGCUGGUACACUGGAUGAUCAUAAGAAUGAGUCAGUUGCUGCACUUGGUGCUGAUGCAAACCACUAUGAACCUCUGAGGAAGCAUUAAACAGCCUAAUACAUGGGCAGUGCCUUAUGUUGUACAAGAAACUGUACACAAUAAGUGAAUUAAAUUGGUGUGGCCUUGUAUGUAGAAGAAUUCUUGAAUAAUUUUCAUUAUUGUUUGUUUGGUGUUGAGUGAUGUAGAAUUUUAAAUGACAUGAUAAUAUGAGGAAAAAUUGUGCUUUUCAUCUUUGACAUGAUGAUACAAUUGUAUAUACUAUUAAGAAGGAAUGUUGAUUGUU